CUCAGUUGCCGACAGAACAGAAGGCUGGAGUACCUGACCGAAGGUUUAAAUAUCUGUUCGUUUUGCAGCUCUAGUCACCCAGUGUCAACAGUCUUUGGAAGAUUAAUACGUGCAUUCCAUUGUGUAAAGAUUGUCAUCGCAGGCCUUGUGACAGCUUAGCUAAGUAUAUUGGAAUCGAGUUGGUUAUGUGUCGAUGAGAAGUUAAAAGAAGCAGUUUGGCCGUUAAAUUCAAAACAACCUCGGAACCUCCGCCUUGGAAGCUCAAGCCAGCAACUGUUAUACGUUUACUGUGUUGUUAGUUUUGAAGAGAGCUUAACCACACAGUUCCCCCUACGAUGCUUGAGAUAUAUUAGACAUUUGUGUUGUGUAUUGCAAUACUGGGAUUUGUAACCCAUUUGCCAACGAGCUGAAAGAAGCAGAGCUUCAGAUCACAAAUAACAAGAUGCUGUUUGAAGAGGAAGACGCAGAGGUUAGUUUUGAUCUGCGCAUCCCCAAUUUUUCAACGUACAGAGACUUUGAUCAAACCUUCACAAGCGAGUUCCCGCUUAAAGUGAAUAAUUUCAGUUCUCGAUGGAGCCUGACGCUGCAUCUUUCCGUCACAGAAAACGGAAUGGACCGGAAGGACCCUAUCAAUCGUGACAUCCGAAUUGUCUUGAAGUGCGUCAGUUGCAAUGUUAGUAAACCUAAAGUAGAAGUUUAUUCUCACGUAGUGGGUAAAGAGGAACACGUAACACAACUUACGAACGUUCGUGAUGACCACCUAACCUGGAAAGGCAUAUUGAUCUCACAACUUGGCCUCAAGGUGUUCAAUCUUCUUUCUAGUGACCAGUUGACGGCAAAGAUUAGGUUUGUAGUGAAGAAGUGUGAUAUGACAAGAGCUGUAGGAGGUGUAGAAGGCCUUUCGAAGGACAUGAGAAUAUUACUGGAGAGCGGAACUUACAGUGAUGCAGAUGUUAUUACAAGUGAUGGCACUAAACUUCCCGUGCAUCUGGCUGUUUUGUCUCGAAGGUCCAACCUCCUUCAAAAUAUUGCUGUGGCGAAAAAAAGGCAGCUUGCUUCCGCUGUAACUCCUGAUAAAAAGAUGGUCAAGGCUGAGAUGGUAAAUUCAGAAGAUGAAUCAAAAUAUCAAAAACAUUAUGAGCUCCAUAUAAAAGCGGAAACGCCAAUUAACAGCACAUUUGGUAGCAUGUCAUCAGGAUAUCAGUCUAGUAGUUCGAGAGUAUCUUCUCCCGAGCCUAACCGUCAGCAGUCUGCUUCCAAAAAUAGAAUAGGGUGUUCUUCGUCAUCAAGGACGGGAAACAGGCACCCGCCAGACAGAAGAGGCUCAGUUACGCCAAGAAAGCCAACCCCUCACAAAACAGAGCAUAUGUCAACAGCAGCUUCUCCCAUCAGAGUCCGUUCCAUCGUGAACAACGAGCGUUUUUCGCCACAUGGCAGAGUACAAAUGAAAAAUUCUCCUUCGUCAUCCAGGAGGACACCCGUCUCUAGUCAUCCUCCAACUCCUAAGAGAAUCACUUCAGGUAUUUACGACCUUACUCCUGCCAGGAGCCCACGGGUCUCGCGUUCGGUUUCCCCCACAAAGAAAACGGGAUCGUCCACCAGGUUAUCCACAACCAAAAGAACUUUACCAGGCAGGAGAUGCUCAGUUGGUAGGCGGUCGUUGCUUAGGACACCGUCUCCAAACAAGCGCCUUAAGACACCAAUCUCCUUGCCAUCUCCCAAGAUUUCGUCAAGCAAAAUGCAGCAGUUAAGGAGGACACCUGCCAUUGGCACGCCGAGUCCCAGAAGACGAUUAUACUGGGACGACGACAAAGAUGUCUUGAUCCUAGAGGACCUCCGACCUCUCGGGAGUCCUUUGACGGGGCUAGGGGCGGGUUCUCUCAAGAAUGAAUCGACAGAGCCUGAUGACAGCCUUGAACUUGAACAACAGUCGCAGAGGCCCAAGAUAUUCGUCAAUAUGUCUGCGUCCGUCACUCGUGCGAUACUUGAAUGGAUAUAUACAGGUGAAUGCACAGAAACAGCCAGUCUUUCGCGAGCUCUACUCGUCGGCAGCAUCCGCCAUGAUGUGACAGGACUAGCCAGGUCCUGCGAAUACCACCUAGCAGCCGACCUCACUCCAGUCAACGCCCCAGAGUUAAUCUUCCUUGCGCACAAGUACUCGGCCUUGAAACUUAAAGAGUUGGCUCUUGCCUUUGCCGUUCAAGAGAUAACAACAGUCAUUUUAUACGUCAGAAAGGUUAAUGAGCAAUUACAGUGUAUAUUAUCUUCCUUUAUGGCUAUGAAUAGUCUCUGA